AUGGCUGCUCGAAAGUUCGCUGCUAUUUUUCUCUUUUACUCGGUCGCCCUUUGGCAUUGCUUAAUGGGUAAAAAGAAAUCGAAGAAGACUCCCAAUUAUAGGAAACAAGAGGUUUCUUCAUCUUUAAAUAAAUGUAAUAAAUUGGCUUGCUUCCUAUGUUGUGAUGGUUGUUUGACCCUUUCCACUACAGAUAAAGAUGGAUGUCUUUUUAAUAUGAAGGUUACAGAUUUACAUCAGGAUUCUAAGUUUGUAAUGGUAUAUAAAUUUUAG